GCUCACGGUUGCUGGAAACUGGAAGAGUGAGAGGAAGGAGGAAGGGGAUUUGUGGCGCUCUCUACCUACUCCAAGACUGACAAGGGGAGGGGGCACCUAGAUUGGCAUCUUUUCUUCGUGGUGAUUGAGAACUGCAGGUUCAAUCCGAUCCCACUGAGCUCUGGCGAUUGAUUAUAAAAAAAAAAAUCGACACUGGGAGAAGGGAGGCUCUGUCUUCGGCUGUCAGACUCAGUCUCGAGGUGGUAUUGGUGUGUGAGUGUGUGUGGUGUUCUUUUUUUUUCUUUUUCUUUUUUUCUUCCUUUUUCUUUCUUUCUUUCUUUUCUUUUUUCUUUUUUUUUUCCUUCUCUCCUAGGGACUACACAAUGGCAGUCUUCUCUCAGUAAGAUGAAUCCUGCUUUGCCUUCUGCAGAUCCACCCAUCCUCACAGCGACCAAGUAAAAAGGCUAUGGUUUUCUCUUUGGGGAUCUUUUGUGCAUUACUGUUCUCCCUGAUUAGUUUUGAUCUCAGCCGGGAUUUCUCUGCUUUUUUGUUUGGCUUCGUGCUGAAAAAGGAUUUUUUUCCCAACCUUUUGGUAAUAAUCUGGUGGUGAUCCAGGGGGUAUAAAUCAUUCACCCUGGCCGAGAAAAAACAAUCACUGAGAAGUCUCAAAGAAAUAUACCACGUGAGGGGAGAAAACUGGGAGAAGAUCCGGAAUAUUAUCGUGUUUCCUAUGGUAAAACCGGUGCCCCUCUUCAGGAGAACUGAUUUCAAAUUAUUAUUAUGCAACCACAAGGAUCUCUUCUUUCUCAGGGUGUCUAAGCUGCUGGAUUGCUUUUCGCCCAAAUCAAUGUGGUUUCUUUGGAACAUUUUCAGCAAAGGAACGCAUAUGCUGCAGUGUCUUUGUGGCAAGAGUCUUAAGAAAAACAAGAAUCCAACUGAUCCCCAGCUCAAGGGUAUAGUGACCAGGUUAUAUUGCAGGCAAGGCUACUACUUGCAAAUGCACCCCGAUGGAGCUCUCGAUGGAACCAAGGAUGACAGCACUAAUUCUACACUGUUCAACCUCAUACCAGUGGGACUGCGCGUUGUCGCCAUCCAGGGCGUGAAGACAGGGUUGUAUAUAGCCAUGAAUGGAGAAGGUUACCUCUACCCGUCAGAACUUUUUACCCCUGAAUGCAAGUUUAAAGAAUCAGUUUUUGAAAACUAUUAUGUAAUCUACUCAUCCAUGCUGUACAGACAACAGGAAUCUGGUAGAGCCUGGUUUUUGGGAUUAAAUAAAGAAGGGCAAGUUAUGAAAGGAAACAGAGUAAAGAAAACCAAACCAGCAGCUCAUUUUCUACCCAAGCCAUUGGAAGUUGCCAUGUAUCGAGAACCAUCUUUGCACGAUGUUGGUGAAACGGUCCCGAAGGCUGGGGUGACGCCAAGUAAAAGCACAAGCGCGUCUGCAAUAAUGAAUGGAGGCAAACCAGUCAACAAGAGUAAGACAACAUAGCCAGAUCCUCACAGGUGUUGUGACUUAUCCGUCCUGAGCACAGUUGAGUGAUUUAUCCUUACCAG